UUCAACCCUGAUGACUAAAGCUAUCGACACUGUGUGGCGUCGUACUGGAGAUCUGUGAUUUAUCAAUGUGUAUGGUUAUAUUUGCUCCGAUUUUUGCCAUCUGUGCUUUUGCAACAUGUGGAGGAUACUAUGGGCAUCUCCAGGUUAAAGUGGACUGUGCAGGCAGGAGGCCGAGUAACCUCAGCAUCAACAUUGAUUUUGGAUAUCCUUUCAGAUUAAUAGAUGUGCAUUUUAAGGCUCCCUUGUGUGUGGCAAAGAGGGAAGAGAUUAUUUUCCUGGAUGGCAACUUUUCCUCCGCCUCUCAGUUCUUCGUGACUGUGGGUGUUUUUGCUUUCCUGUACUCUCUACUGGCAACCAUUGUCUACGUCUUCUACCAGAACAACUACCUGAAGAACAACAGAGGCCCGCUUGUGGAUUUCGUUGUUACAUCCAUCUUCUCCUUCAUGUGGCUCGUGAGCAGUUGCUUUUGGGCCAAAUCUCUUUCUGAUAUUAAGACAGCCACAAACCCAACACAGGUGCUUCUGCUCAUCUCAGCCUGCAGAGCUCAUGAGAACAAAUGCACGGCCACCCAGGAGCCUCUCUGGUCACGACCUAACACAUCUGUGGUUUUUGGUUUCGUAAAUGUUGUCCUCUGGGUUGGCAAUAUUUGGUUUGUCUUCAAAGAGACAGGCUGGUACAAGACAGGUCAGAGAUAUCCAACCAGAAGUGCUUCUGGGAAACGCCACAGUGAAAUGAGGCAGCGUCUGUACAUUGGGAGCAGCUUCGAGCAGCCGGACGAGGGUUUCGGUCCCCAACUCUCCAGACAAGGCAGCUUCAAUCAGCAGGUCAACAGACAAGUUAGCUUCAACGAGUCACAAGUAAACCUGAGUUUACCGCACGCAUAUCUUGGAAAACCAAUCAUUUAUGACAGGGACAAUAAAGUAGCUUCUCAAGGGCCGAUGAUAGUUGUCAAUGAGAUGUGAUUUUGGGCUGGUACAAUGCUCCAUGUGGAGAACCAGAGAGGGAAAUGAAUCUUAACGUCUAGGUUAAAAGGAAAACACAGAUGGUAUAUUGUUGAGCAUUUCCUGGAUGAUACAAGUUGUACCUUGAAAUUAGAAAUUGUAAUGCAUCACUUGACAGUCAAACUGAGUAGUCAAUGCAACAAUUGAUAAUAAUAUAAUGAUAAUAUAAUAAUAAUAGAAUAACGGGAUAUGUUUGGUCCCCUUUGGAGAAUGGUUGAUUUUAAUCCUACAGUUUUGCCAUAACCCAGGUUGGGGAAUAAACACACAUCCAGCGGGUAAAUUAUCUUGCAGUGAAGAAAUACCAUAUAUAUAUAUAUAUAUAUAUAUGUAUAUCAAAGACAAUUAUUAUAAUCA